GGGGGCUCCAGGAGCCCCGGCCCUUGGCCUGCCCGGCCCCGGGCGCUGCGGGUCUCGGGGAGCCGUGUGAGCGCUGCCCCCGAAGCGGCGCCUGAAGGGAAGCUGUGGCAGCGGGGCUGAAAGGAGAGCAAGAGAACGCAGUGAGGAUCUUGAAGCGUUGAUAGCAGAAUUCCAGACUUUAGAUGCUAAAAAGACCCAAGUAAUUGAGACAUCCUGCCCACCUCCCUCACCCAGGCUGAAUGGCUCCCUGUCUGCCCACCCUGAGAAAGAUGAAUUAAUCCUUUUUGGAGACGUACCUGUAUAAUGAACUGUAUGUUUACAACAUCCGGAAAAACAGCUGGACUAAAGUAGAGAUUCCCAACCCACCCCCAAGGCGCUGUGCUCACCAGGUCUUUGGACCUCACCAGCUGUCUGAUAGAUUAUCUUACCUGUUGCAGCAAGUGGCUGGGUGACUGGUACAUUUCAAAAGCUGCCAUACAGGAUGCGAAUGUUAUUUUCCUCCCUGUGGCCAAAGCUCUUUAGAGCUUCCUGGCAGCAGUGGUGCCCACAGCCGGUGGGCAGCUCUGGGUGUUUGGUGGGGAGUUUGCAUCUCCCAGUGGGGAACAGUUCUACCAUUACAAGGAUCUCUGGGUCCUGCAUUUGGCUACCAAGACCUGGGAGCAGAUCAAAGCAUCAGGAGGGCCCUCUGGAAGAAGUGGGCAUCGAAUGGUUGCUUGCAGGAGACAGCUGAUCGUCUUUGGAGGUUUCCAUGAGAGCGCGAGAGAUUACAUCUAUUACAACGAUGUGUACGCGUUCAACUUGGACUCCUUCACCUGGAGCAAGCUGUCUCCAUCAGGAAUUGGACCUGCUCCAAGAUCGGGAUGUCAGAUGGCUACCACUCCUGAGGGCAGCAUAGUCAUCUAUGGAGGCUACUCCAAGCAGAGAGUUAAGAAAGAUGUUGACAAAGGCACCCUGCAUACAGAUAUGUUCCUGCUGAAGACUGAAGGUUCAGGCAAGGAGGAAGAUAAGUGGGUAUGGAGUCGACUCAGCCCAUCUGGAGUGAAACCCACUCCCAGGUCUGGCUUCUCCGUGGCAAUUGGUCCCAAUAACCGCUCCCUGCUGUUUGGAGGCGUGCACGAUGAAGAAGAGGAAGAGAGCAUUGAAGGGGACUUCUUCAAUGAUAUUUAUUUCUACGAUAUUGGGAAAAACCGUUGGUUUCCCGGUCAGCUAAAGGUACCAAAAUCAGAGAAGAAGAAGCGAAGACGUGGCAGACGAGCUGAGGCAGACGGUGCUGGAGGUGACGAGGUAGAGAAGCAAGCCCCACAAGGCCCAGUGGAGAUAGUCAAAGAGGUGGUGGCAGAAGAUGGGACUGUCAUGACAAUCAAGCAGGUGAUCGCUGGGCCCGCAGAUGAGAAGGAGAGGUCUGAAUCAGAGGAGGAGGAUGAAGAUGGAGCCUUGGGCCCACAAGUGGAACCAUGCCCACGUUCAAAUGCCAUGCUGGCAGUGAAGCAUGGGGUUCUGUAUGUGUACGGGGGAAUGUUUGAGGUGGGCGAUCGCCAGUUCACCCUCAGUGACCUCUACAGCAUCGACCUGCACAAGAUGGAAGAAUGGAAAGUGCUAGUGGAGAUAGACCCAAAAACACAAGAAUGGCUGGAGGAGUCAGAGUCAGAUGAAGAGGAGGAUGAUAUGGAAGGUGCAGAAGGAGGGGAAGAAGAAGAGAGCUCUGAAGAGGAUAGUGAGGAUGAAGGAGGAGAGGAGCAACAUCCAUCUGUUCAGCCUGAUGAGAAGCAUGCAGACUAUCUGUCCAGGACGGAGCAGUACUGGAUCAAAGUAGCCCGCAGCAACAUGGGCCCGGAUGCCAAGGAGAAGAAGGUGGUGAAAGUGGCUCAUGCCAUGGCAAAGACAUUCUAUGAAGAUUCAAUCUAGAUGAUGUUGGGGCUGUUCUGUGAGUGCAGAAAGAUGCUGGGAGCAACGGUUAGCCCCGCUGAAAUCAGCCUGAUGUGCCAGGCAGUCAGUGUGUAACCAGGAGGCUUCCUGGCACUCCAGCUCUUGCAUACUCCAUAUGAGUGCCUCUGGGCUGACUAAUCUCAAUAUGCCUGCUUGAUUAAUGCCCUGAAUAUACUGUUAUUCCCCUGGUGGUUGUGGGAGGGACUUGGGGAACAGGAUUACUGCCCAAACACUGGUUCUUCUGAGACUGGAGCAUACAAUAACCAUCACCAUUUUGUUCAAAAGUUAUUUUGAGUCUGUGAAGACAAACUGCACAUCACAAUGGUUCUCUAGUUCCAAAUUCCUGAUCUUAACUGGGGCCAGAACUUGUCUCCGAGGAUUUCUACAAUAAACUUACUUGGUUGGUUACAUCA